UUUUUUGAGCUUUGCUCAGCUCCAACAUGGCGGACACCGGUGUGGUGGAGACGCUUCUGAAGCGGCUUGAGAAAGUGGACGGCGGCGUAGACAGCGUGGAAGUGGCCAACAGCCUCGGAGUGGACCACCAGCACAUCGUGGGAGCUGUGAAGAGUCUGCAAACCCUCGGUGACGUGAUUUCAGCGGAUCUGCGCUCCUCCAAACACUGGGAGCUGACGGAGGAGGGCACGGAGAUAGCCGAGCAGGGCAGCCAUGAAGCCCGGGUCUUCAGCUCCAUCCCUGUGGAGGGUUUACCACAGGCUGAGCUCAUGAAACUUUCCUUCGGAAAGAUCGGAUUCAGCAAGGCCAUGUCCAACAAAUGGAUUCGAGUGGACAAGUCCCACGAGGGAGGCCCCAGGAUAUUCAGAACUGUGGACAGCAUACAAGACCAGGUGAGAGAUAAGCUGCUCGUAGUAAAGAAGGGUGACUGUACUCAGCUGGAGGAGAAAGAGAAGAGUGAACUGAAGAAGAGAAAACUCCUCUCUGAAGU